GUAAGAAUUCAGCAGUCGCCGAUUAUAAAAUCUGAUGUAUAAAUAUAACUUUAUCAAUUCAUUUCUUUGGGGGAUACAACUGCAUGCCCGUUAAUUAUAGGUCAAUCAUUUCAUUUCUAGGAUUUCCUCAGGAUUCCAGUUUUGUAAGAUUUCAUAGUUUUGUCUGAUCAUGAGUUACUACAAUCGACAACAAGCACCAGUGGCAUAUCCUCCACCUCCAACUUCAUAUCCUUCGGCGGCUCCAGGGCAAGCUUGUCCUCCACCUAUGGCUCAACCAUACUAUCCUCCUCAAGUCCAGGGUCCAUAUGUUGUUCCACCGCCUGUAGCUUACCCCAUGAAAGAUGAAGUGCCCCCACCGCCUAAGCGUAGGGGAAGUGGAUUCUGCAAGGGAUGUUGUGCUGCCUUGUGUUGCUGCUGCCUCCUAGAUUGUUGCUGCUUUUGAGUGAGGACUCAUAACUCAUACCAUCUCCUUUGCCUGUGCUUGGCUCACCGGCUUUCCUCUUUUUCUUCAUUUUACAGAUUUUAUUUAUUUACUUCAUCACUUCCUUUCAUUACAUGUAAGUCUUGAUCUCACCUCACAAUAAAACAAUCUUGUUAUUAGAAAUUUGUUUUAAGGUCGUAUUUCGGCCGAACUUACAAA